UGUGAGGACGCGUGUCCGAUGGGCCAAUCAGAAUUCGUUUUGCUCGUGCGUCUCCACUCCUAGCACUUACUUGACCGACUAGCUCUGCAGCAGCAUAUUUACUGUAAAACAUCAGGUUUAAAGAUGUUUCUGUGGAUCUGCCGCAUUUGGGAGAACACAAACAUGGCCUUUUCUUUCAUCUAGCGUCAGGCACCUUUUGCAAUUAUGGAGGCUUAAGUGGUGGAGCGUUUUGGGGGGAAGGAGCCUUUCCCCUCAAAGUUGGUGGACUCUUGAAUGGACAGUACAGGCUUUGCCUAUAGACAGAUUACAAUCUAACUUAUUUUGGAGAAAACUGGAAUAUAUUUGUAUGUUUUUGUACAGAAAAAUUCGUAUUUUCUUUGAUGCCGAUGAUUGUGCCAAAGGUUUUGUGGAAAGUGUUGCUGACAUGGUGGAUUGAGAUGAGCUAGAUCUUCACUCUUGGGGCCGCUAGGGUGCCGUGGAACCUCAACACAUGCACAAGUCUAGCGCCCUGAUUUCCCACUUGAACAUAUUCCCACUUUUUUGUGUUGUUUUCCUUAAUUUAUUGCAGUAAUUUGAGAAAUUAAUUCUAUGUUAGUCUGAGAAAUUUAAGCACGAGCUUGUGGGUGUAGAGGGUGUUUUGGGCUUUUUGGGGUUGUAAGUUAGCGGGUGGGAAACUAAGAUGAGUCUGGGAAGCCCAGACUGCACACCUAAGUGCCGCUCUGUGAGGCACGCAGAGGAAGUGAUUGCCGCUUUGACCAGCGGCUCGGAGGGCAGUCUGCAGGGCUUUCUGUCCGUCCACUGUCACAAUGCAGCUACCCUGCGGGACGAGUUUGGGCGCACGGCUCUGCACCUCGUGGCCUCUCUGGGAAAGUGUGAUCUGCUUCAGUGGCUCCUGGACAACAAACAUGCCGACAUGCUGGCGAAGGACAAGGAAUCUGGGUGGACCGCACUGCAUCGCAGCGCCUUCUAUGGACAAAUUCACUGCCUCAUGGGGCUCAUCAAGCGUGGUGGAGCACUGUCCAUCCAGGACAAGGAGGGUCUUUCGGCCCUAGACCUCACCAUGAAGGACCGCCCAGCUCACGUAGUGUUCAGAAACACUGACCCUACUGAAGUGUACACUUGGGGAAGCAACACAAAUUUUAGUCUGGGACAUGGAAACCAGGAGAGCAGACACCAUCCUGAGAUUGUGGACCUGUUUUCAAGGUCUAGGAUCUAUGUGAAGCAGGUGGUGUUGUGUAAGUUCCACUCGGUCUUCCUGUCCCAGAAGGGUCAGGUGUACACAUGUGGACAUGGACAGGGUGGACGACUCGGGCAUGGUGAUGAACAGACAUAUCUGGUUCCCCGGAUGGUGGAGGGGCUUUUGUCCCAUCACUGCUCUCAGAUCGCAGCGGCCCGAGAUCACACUGUUGUUCUGACAGAGGAGGGGUACGUCUACACCUUUGGACUCAACACUCACCAUCAGCUGGGCCUGGCACCUCCUCCUGCUUCCAGCCAAGUUCCCAAACAGGUCACCUCUAAGUCCCUGAAAGGGAGGUCCGUGAUUGGUGUUGCAGCCGGCAGGUUCCACACUGUUCUUUGGACCCGAGAUGCGGUGUAUACCGUAGGAUUGAAUGGUGGCCAGCUUGGUUACCUACUGGAGCCCAACGGAGAGAAGUGCGUGACGGUUCCUCGACAGGUGUCUGCUCUGCACCACAAGGAUGUGACCAUCGCUAUGGCAGCAGCGAGCAAUGGGGCCACCGUGUGCGUGACCGAAAAGGGAGAUGUGUACCUGCUGACAGAUUAUCAGUGCAAGAAACUGGCAUCCAAGCAGCUGAACCUGAAGAAAGUUCUAGUGAGCGGUGGUAGUUUGGAUCAUCGUAUUGAUCCUCAGCUCCUGCACGAUGGUGGAGGAGAGAAGCUGGUGAUUUUGGCUCUAGAUGAAGCUGGGAGGGUGUUUUGUUGGCGCUCUAUGGGCACGUCAGUGAGGCAGUGUCGCUGGGCAUACGGCCGACAGGUCUUCAUGUCAGACAUCGCCCUGAGUAAGAACAGCAUGAUGUUUGUUACUCAGGAUGGAGAGGGCUUCAGUGGCCAGUGGCUGGGCCAGUACAAGAAAGCUGUAGACAAAAAAGAUGGCGUGGAGGUGUCCGGUCACUCAGAUGGAGGGGGUGUUUAUGAACGAAUCCGUCUGGAGAAGCUUCCUUACGUCCACAGAGCCGUCAGCAUCACCAUGGAUUCGAAGGGUCGGAAUUUCGGAGUGCUGCAAGCUGAUCCUAAAACCAGCUUGUAUGAAGUUCCCACCGCUUCUGCGUCCACGUUCUCCCAGCACUUCCAGUGCCUCCUGGCCGAAGCCGAUGAGACGGACAGCAUCCAUGACGUGACCCUGCAGGCUGGCGAUCGCACCUUCGCAGCACACAAAUACAUCCUGUCCAUGCGGUCGGACUUCUUCCGUAAAGUGCUCCACCCAGAGGGCUGCAAAGAGGGUGUGGAAGAUGGAGAGGUGAAGAAAGGAGAAGACGCGGUGGGCUGUGAUCUGCUGGUCCUGGAGAAGGUUUCUCCUGAGAUGCUGGAGCAAGCGCUUCACUUCAUCUACACAGACUCCUGUGAGAUGCUGGUUCACGGGACCCGGCCCAUCGUCCCUCGCUCUAACCAGAGCUCUGAUCCUGAACCGCAGCAGCAGCUGAUCCACAGUCUGCAGGCUCUAGGGCUGGAGAAGUGCUCCGCUCUGGAUGUGUACCGCUCUCUUCCUGCUAAGACUCUUGAGGAUGCAGACAAGCCCAAGGCCAAAAGCACUAAGUCUGGGAAAAAAGGCAAGAGUGGUAAUGUCGGUGAACCUGGACAAAACCCAGUGAAGAUGCUGCAGGGUGUCGCCAAAAAACUGGGCUUGGGGAGCCUCUCAGCACGGCUUGAUGGGGUGAAGUUUGAAAAUGGGAAGAUCAGUGUGGUGCAGAAGAAGACGGGCAAUAAGCUGCGAUUCAACCAGAAAAAAUGCUCGUACCUCUGUGACGUCACGCUGCGCUCGGAGGACGGCAGAGAGUUUCCAUGUCACAAAUGUGUCUUGUGCGCUCGGCUGGAGUAUUUCAACAGUAUGUUGGGCAGCCCCUGGAUUGAGGCCACCAGCUGCACUGCGCUGGAUAUGCCCACCACCUCGGAGGUCCUGCAGGCCAUUCUGGAGUACAUCUACACCGACGAGUCUCCCACUGUCAGAGAGUCUGUGAAUGUGGAGUCUGUGUGUAACGUGCUGGUGGUGGCGGAUCAGCUGCUGAUCACCAGGCUGAAGGAGAUCUGUGAGGUCGCCAUCACUGAGAACCUGACGCUGAAGAACGCGGCGGAGUUGCUGGAGUUUGCCACCGUGUUCAACGCUGAUCAGCUCAAACUGUCCUGCCUGCAGUUCAUGGUCCUCAACAUGACGGCGCUGCUGGAGUCCAGAGCGCUGGAGAUCCUGAGCGAUGGUGUCCUCCUGGAUCUAACAGCUGCGUACAGGAGAAUGAUCCCAGCCAUGCAGAGACGUCUCAUCACGCCAUACGCCGACGCUCCGGAUCUCAGCGCCUAUGAGGACCGAGAGUGGGACUCCGCUGUGGACUGCAAAAGCGGCUCUGAAGCCGAUCGCUCCAGCGAUAGCCUGCUGAAGAAGGCCAAGAUGAGGGCUAAGAGGAAGCCCCGGCGGCGCUCGGACAGCUCUGGCGGAUACAAUCUGUCUGAUGUCAUUCAUAGCUCUCCUACUGAUGUCAUCCAGAGUCCGGCCACUGCAGGUUUGGCUCGUUCAGUGAAGGCCAGUUCAGUGGAGUCUCUGCCGGAGCUCAUCACGUCUGACUCUGAGGGCAGUUAUAUGGGCAGCCCUCGAGACCUGCAGUCCCCCGUCUUCCACGACAGGCCUGAUACGCAGGAUGAGAGACGUGGACCGAUAGGACUAAAGACUCCUCCUGGCACCCCUGUUUUGAAGAAUGGCCCCGUGCCGACCCAGUCGUCCACCCCUGAACCCAUCCCUACAGUCAGAGCAAGACCGGCUUCUGUCCUGGACCUCAGGGCCAUCAUGGAGAUGGAGGCCAACUCUCUGAACAUGGGUGCCACACACAAGAGUCCCAGCUCCUCGAGCAGCAGCACUAAGGUCUCGGUCGUCCCCAGUAAGAUGUCUCAGAAGCAGAGGAAGAUGAUGGCUCUGGCCUCCAGAGUGGGCAGCACAGAGAAUAUUUCUGCUAAAUCACCGCCGUCUCUUACUCCGGUUAAACCUGUGAAGACCUGGUCGACAGCAGUUCAGUCCCCGCCCUCCUCCAGUUCCUUCCGGGAUCUUCUAGUAGAGGAGGAGCAGCGUGGGAAACCCUCUCCAGUAUCCCCAGUGACGGCCAGGAGUCCAGCAGCUGCUGCAGGACCACCAAUAUGUGCCAAAAGAGUGACUUUUAAAUGUGCCGAGAGCAGCGACCCGGAGAAACCAGCAGGCCCUUGGGUGCUGAGGGCAGUUGGCAGCCCUCCUUCCACUUCUACAUUUGCCUCCAUUGUGGAGGAGGAGAAACAACAGGAAGCCGCGCUAAUCCGCAGCCGCGAGAAACCGCUAGCGCUCAUACAGAUUGAAGAACGAGCCAUUCAGGACCUGUUACUCCAUUACAAGGCCAUUAAUAACCCAGAGGAGCUGAUAUUAGUGGAGAGAUCCCCUCAAGGUCCAAUCGCCAUCCCAACCUGGAACAAACACUGAUGCUGAUGCGAGGUUGCGGUGACACUUCCCACUCGCGCUCACGUUUCAGCCAGUAUUAAGGUGCAUCACAAGCCAUGUUCUGUUUUCAUCACCUUAUUCUGCAGCAAGCACAAUUGCUUUCUUUGACUGCAUACUUUUACAUUCUAUAUGCUUUUUUUCAUUAAUUUUGCUGUUUUCUUGUAAGAAAAGACUGGAAUAUAGAGUGUAAUCUGUUGUUCUCAGCCUGAAGAGUUGCCACAUGUGCCAAAAUGUGAUUUAAAAAAAAAAUUUUUUUUUUUUUUAUUAUUAUUUUAUGAUGCAGUGCUACAGUGAUCUGCAUCUCACAGCUAGUGUAUGUGUUUAUGAAGAGCAAACUCGCAUUGUAACCAGACGAAGAAAAUCCAAUCAGCCGUGAAAAGCAAUAAAGACUUUAUUAGGUUGCUCACAAGGGCUGUUUGAAAGAGCUGGUGUUAAAGAAAAUCAAGUGCACAAUGAAAGGAGCUGAGAUUUACGAAUAUGCAUUUUAUUUUUCACUUCCUCAUGCAGUUAACGUCAAUAACAUUAUCAUUUGGUGUUCAAUAUAAUGAUAGUUUGUUUGUCACUAGCAGAAUAGGAUUGGUACUACAGAUA